AAACGGCAAGGUGGCACAUCUUACUGUUGCAAGGUGCCUGGAUGGCCCACAGACUGCUGCAGUGGUGCGCUGGCCUAGGAAUUCUGGCGCACCUAGUUGCAGGGCGCAAUUUGCAACAAGCUAAUAACUGUGCUACUUUCAGCAAUGUGUACAAUUGCUUUGUGGGCGGCAUGCAGAUGGGCUCUGUAUGUGUAAACCAGUGCAUCAGCCCACGGAACCCCUUGUAUUGUCAAGACUGCGAAGAUCCUAGGCAGCUGUGCGCCAAGGUUGUACCCACCUUUGACAUGUCCACAUCAACUACCCAUCUGGGUCAAGGCACAAACACAGAGAGGUGUCCGGUGGGUCCGGAGGAACAGCUGCAGACGCUCGGGACAGUGGUGGCAAGGGGAAAUCCCUUUCUCAAGCAGAAACCCAAUGCAUGCUCCUCACAGAGCUACCAGUAUGACUGUGUGGUGGGGACAUCACACGUUGGGCAGGUGUGCGUGCCCUUGUGCCCCAAUGCAGAAGGCACACCAGCCUGCAUCCCUUGUGAGGAUGUCCGCUCCAACUGCGCUUGGGCCUACCCAGCAUUUAGAUCGACGAGCUUCAUCACGCACUUCCUAGCAAACAACAACGGGGCCUGUUUCUGAAUGUGCGAGCGGGUGUAACAAGCAACUGUCAAUCUCAUUUCAAGCAUGUGGUCAACAUCUAAGACUCACUGAACGGAUGCUGCUAGCAAGUUGCUAUUGAUAUCAGCACAACUUUUGAGGCCAAGGUGAUGAUUUUUACGUGGGUGCAAAGACACUUGGUGCACAAUGUGCACCGCACAUCACAUACGAAGUAUUUUAACAGCAUCUGCAGAGUUAUGUUUUCCAAGAUAUGCAUAUGCAUGCAUGCAAGGUAUAUGUGACAGGAACAAGUAAAUUCAAGAUAUAUAAGGUGAUGCUCCAGCAUGAUGCGUGGAUGAUUGUACAUGUGUGCUUGAAAGGGAUAUUUCGAUAC